AUCGUCGUGGGCAGCCCUGCGAGGACCCCGGGCCAGUGGAGCGGGCCGCCUACUUGGGGCUACCCUGACGCGUGCGAUGAAGCCACGACCCGCGAGGUUCGUGGACAACAGGCUGAAGCAGCGAGUCGUGCAGUACCUCACCAGUAACAAAUGUGGCAAAUAUGUGGACAUUGGAGUCUUAGCAUCUGAUUUACAAAGAAUGUACAGUAUAGACUACGGUCGAAGAAAAAGAAAUGCUUUUAGGAUUCAGGUAGAAAAAGUAUUUAAUAUAAUUACUAGUGAGAAAGAACUUAAGGAUCUAACAGAAUUGGAAGAUGAACAUCUGGCAAAAAGAGCAAGACAAGACGAAGACGAUAAUGAGUAUACUGAAAGCUAUUCAGAUGAUGAUUCAAAUAUGGAAGACUACCCAGAUCCACAGGCAGCAAAUCACAUGAACAGCUCCCUACUCUCCUUAUAUCGGAAAGGACAUUCUGAUUCUGUUUCAAGUACUCCCGAGAUGGAGCCCAGAGAAACCACUGGUUCGACCCCAUGGACACCUUCGGGAACAGGCUCCAUCCCGUUAAAGACCCCGGCCAGAGGUUCUGAGGGAGGGUGGUUUAUCGACAGAACUGGUGGAAAGAUGGACCUGACAGAUGAGAAGAGUAAUCACAAGAAGCCAGGAUCUGAGAUAGAGGAUUCCAAGGAUGCUUCUCUUCUGGAGAGUAGUGAAAAAAGGAAAAGUAGGCUGAAGAGCAAAGGAAGCAAAAGGAAGAAAGACCUUCAGGAAGCAGAUGGAGAAAUAGAAGCUGUCCUGAAGCGGAAAGCUAAAGCCAAGGAGCUAGAGUUACAGGUCUCCAAGGUGAAGUUUGAAGACGUCGGAGGCAAUGAUACGACAUUAAAGGAAGUCUGCAAGAUGCUUAUCCACAUGCGUCACCCUGAGGUGUACUGCCACCUGGGCGCCACCCCACCUCGCGGAGUCCUGCUGCACGGGCCACCGGGCUGCGGGAAGACCUUGCUGGCGCACGCCAUUGCUGGGGAACUGGACCUCCCAAUUCUGAAGGUAGCUGCCACAGAGAUUGUGUCCGGAGUGUCUGGGGAGUCGGAGCAGAAGCUGAGGGAGCUGUUUGAGCAGGCCGUGUCAAAUGCACCCUGUGUCCUUUUUAUUGAUGAAAUUGAUGCUAUUACCCCCAAGAGGGAAGUUGCUUCAAAAGACAUGGAACGAAGAAUUGUAGCCCAGCUCCUCACCUGCAUGGAUGAUCUGAACACCAUGGCCACGACGGCCCGGGUCCUCGUCAUUGGAGCCACCAACCGACCAGAUGCUUUAGACCCUGCUUUGAGACGUGCAGGAAGGUUCGACCGAGAGAUAUGCCUAGGGAUCCCAGAUGAAGCCUCCAGGGAAAGAAUACUUCGAACUUUGUGCAGAAAACUUAGACUUCCGGAAAGUUUCCCUUUUUGUCAUUUAGCACACCUGACACCAGGCUUCGUUGGUGCUGACCUGAUGGCGCUGUGCCGAGAAGCGGCCAUGGGAGCGGUCAGCAGGGUCCUGAUGGCAUGGCAGGAACAGCAGACCAUGGAUCCCAAGACUGCAGUUUCGCCCCCUGGACGAGGCCGGGAAUACCCAAUGGGAGCCGAGCCCACUCCUGAACCACCGGCGUGUUCUGUGCAGGAUGAGUUGAAGUGGCUGCUGGAGCUGCUAAGAAGCCAAGACCCCCUCUCCGAGGAGCAGCUGCAGGGACUGUGCAUCGAGUGGGAUGAUUUCACUGCUGCGCUCGCCUCAGUCCAGCCCUCUGCCAAAAGGGAAGGCUUUGUCACCGUCCCCAAUGUGACUUGGGCAGAUAUUGGUGCCCUGGAAGAUAUCCGGGAGGAGCUCACCAUGGCAAUACUGGCACCGGUGCGCAAUCCUGAUCAGUUCCGAGCUCUUGGAUUGGAGACUCCCGCUGGGGUCCUCCUGGCUGGCCCCCCUGGCUGUGGGAAAACGCUGCUGGCAAAGGCUGUUGCAAAUGAGUCCGGACUGAACUUUAUAUCGGUCAAGGGACCUGAAUUGCUCAACAUGUACGUCGGUGAGAGCGAGCGUGCCGUCCGCCAGGUGUUCCAGCGAGCCAGGAGCUCCGCACCCUGCGUCAUCUUCUUUGAUGAAGUAGACGCCCUGUGCCCUCGGAGGUCAGACCGGGAGACGGGAGCAAGUGUCCGGGUGGUGAAUCAGCUACUUACCGAGAUGGACGGUCUGGAAGCUCGGCAGCAGGUUUUCAUUCUGGCGGCUACCAACAGGCCAGACAUCAUUGACCCUGCGAUCCUGCGCCCUGGACGCCUGGACAAAACACUGUUUGUGGGUUUGCCACCUCCCGCAGACCGUCUGGCCAUCCUAAAAACCAUUACAAAAAAUGGCACCAGACCGCCCCUGGGUGCAGACGUGAGUUUGGAAGCCCUCGCUGCUGACCUGCGCUGUGAUUGCUACUCGGGUGCAGAUCUCUCUGCUUUGGUUCGGGAAGCGUCCGUCUGCGCCCUGAGACAGGAAAUGACAAGACCGAAGGGUGGAGGUGAGACAGGUGAACUCAAGGUCAGUCAGAAGCACUUUGAAGAAGCUUUCAAGAAAGUGAAAUCUUCUAUAUCAAAAAAGACCGGAGGUGAACAUUAAGUACAGUCCAGGAAAUGGGUUUCCCUAGUGAAUGGGAAACGCCCUCUAGUCAGGGUCUGACUUCUCGCAGAGAGAACAAACAGAAGAGUUUGCCUUUCUCUGCCUGACCCAGGAUUGUGGCCAGGAUAAAAACUAGUGGCCGUAAAGUCCCCUCUGAACACCGGACAGACCUCAUACGUGUGGGACAGACCUCAUCGUGGCCGCUUGUGCGAGUGUCUCAGUGUCCGCCAGACGUCGGGAACGCGGCUGUGCCUCUAGCACGGGGCCCUGGGCUGGUCGGCACAUGCCAUGCUAAGGCCAUUUGUUGCUGUUCGAAAUCAUGUAAAUGGCUCUACUCCGUGGUCUUUUUAAUUCCUGCUUAAUUUGUGCUGGGGACCAGAUGGUGCGACUGAAAGUUGCUGUGGAAAACCAAGCAGACUGCAGCAGCAGGAAAACUGCAGGAAGACCGAGCUGGGAGUGGGGGCGGCUAACCAUACUGAUCUGUUUUCCAGAAGCCUCAGUAACUAAAACACUGUGAUAAUGGGCCAUGACCUGACCCUAAUACAUAACUUCUACAAACAGUCCAUCAUGCUGGUCCCCACACCAGUGACAGAAAGACGGGCACUGAUGUGGGGGCAGCUGGGGGAGUCGGCCUCCCAGGUCCCGUGUGGGCUGGGCACACUCCACAGAGCUGCAGGUAGAGGGACUGGGGGGCGUCCCUAUCACGGUGUCGUCCCUCAUCACGGUGUCGGCAGGACUGGCUUCUCCCGAGGCCACUCCCAAGGCCUCCCUGGGCCUGUCUGUUCUUCAUCCGCCUUCCUGCAGAAGCACUGGUCCCGCUGGCUUAGAGCCCAUCGUGGGGGGGGGGCGGUUCCUUACAAAUUCACGGCCUCCCUGAACACCUGACCUCCAGUCACGGUUACUGUGCGGUCCUGGGGGAAGAUAGCAUGCGCAUUUGGGGGACGCAUAUCAGCCCCUGUCACACUCACGAGCUCUGUCUUGUCCUCUGU